CUGGUUCUACUACUUUUCUUUUCCUCCGACGCUUUGUCCGCUAUUUUAUCUUGGUUGAUGACAUUUCGUCGUUUUCUUUUCGUGGAGCGGGGAAGGGGGGAUCUUUUGAUCAUGUCUUUGACAAUGAGAUAUUUGUGUUAGGUGACGCAAAAGGCCGCCCGAUUCACGAUAGUGUGCUGAAAUACAUUCAUCUAUAUCUACAACCGCUUGUUGAUGGUCGCUGCGGUCGCUGCGGUCGCUGCAACGUUUGUCGCUCCGUCGCUGCUGGCUCGAUCUUCGCAGGCUCUUCGUUGAUUUGGUUUAGUUUCCAACUUUCUACAUUAUGCCAAGCUGAGUGGUGCGAUGUGAUCCUGUGAGGUGAACGUCUCGGUGUCAUCGGUUGUUCGCGAGCCUCGACCAAGUGCGUGUGACCUUUGCGCGGCCCCCACGAAGGCGCUUCGGGCACCAUGAAGUCCCGCUUCAGCACGGUGGACAUCGUGGCGAUGAUCUGCGAGCUGCGACAGCGGCUCGUCGGCAUGCGCGUCAUCCAGGUCUACGACGCCGACUCGAAGACGUACCUGUUCAAGCUGAACCGGCACGAUGAGAAGGCCGUGCUGCUUGUCGAGUCCGGCGUGCGCCUGCACACGACCGACUUCGCCUGGCCCAAGAACCUGAGCCCGUCGGGGUUCUCGAUGAAGCUGCGCAAGCACCUGAGGAAUAAGCGCGUGGAGAGCGUGAGCCAGCUAGGCGCAGACCGUAUCGUGGACAUCCAGUUCGGGGUCAACGAGGCCGCCUACCAUGUGAUCCUCGAGCUCUAUGACAGAGGCAACCUAGUGCUCACUGACGGCGACUACAUGAUCCUCAACAUCCUGCGGCCAAGGACCGGGAAGGAUGACGAUGACGUCAAGUUCGUGGUGCGUGAGAGAUACCCCGUCCAGAGUGCCCUGAGCCCGGCACUGGACGCUGAAGCUUUGACAGAUAUCCUACGCUUUGCCAAGCCCGCCGACACGCUGCGCAAGCUGCUCACCCCGAAGGUAUCGUACGGACCCGCCCUACUGGAGCACGUACUCCGUGCCAGGGGCCUCUCGACCGGCGCCAAGGUGGCUGACGUGGACGCUUCGCGAGAUGUAGCCACUCUCCUGGAGUGCCUGCGAGAUGCUGAGGCUCUCAUGGAGCGGGCGCGAACGGAGCCCUCCAAGGGUUACAUCCUUGUACGUGUAGAGAAGCGCGUGACGCCGGCCGACGACGGCAGCACGGAGAUCACCAGCUACCAAGAGUUCCAUCCAUUCCUGUGGCGGCAGCACGAGAAGGAACGCGUUGAGGAACUGGCCUCGUUCAGUGCCGCCGUGGACCAGUUCUUCUCGAGCCUCGAGAUGCAGAGGAUCAGCCUCAAGGCACACCAGAAAGAGAAGGAGGCACUCAAGAAGCUGGAGAACAUCCGCAUGGACCACGAGAAGCGCAUCGUGGCGCUGGAGCAAGUUCAGCGGGAAGACAAGCACAAGGCGGAACUCAUUGAGAUCAACCUGGACCUGGUGGAGCGCGCUCUGCUGGUGCUCCGGAGUGCCCUGGCCAACCAGAUUGGUUGGGCAGAGAUCACAGAGCUGCUGCGCGAAGCCCAAGAGCAAGGCGACCCUGUGGCACAGUCUAUUAAGCAGCUCAAGUUGGACACAAAUCACUUUGCCAUGCUCCUGAGAGACCCGUAUGAGGAAGAUGCAAGGGACACCCUCGUAGACAUUGACUUGGACCUGUCUGCCUAUGCCAACGCCCGCAGGUAUUAUGACCAGAAGAGGCAUGCCGCGGGGAAGCAGCAGAAGACCCUCGAGUCUUCGACCAAGGCCUACAAGUCUGCAGAGAAGAAAACAAAAGAGGCCCUCAAGCAAGUAGCCCUCACUUCCAAUAUUGCUAGGGCAAGGAAGGCCUUCUGGUUCGAGAAGUUCUUCUGGUUCAUCAGUUCAGAAGACUACCUUGUCAUCGGCGGCCGGGACGCCCAGCAGAACGAGAUGAUUGUCAAACGGCACCUGAAUCCAGGCGAUGUGUAUGUGCAUGCAGAUCUGCACGGUGCCAGUAGCAUUGUCAUCAAGAACCCUGGUGGUGGUUCUGUGCCACCCAAGACUCUGAACGAGGCUGGCACCAUGGCCAUCUGCUACAGUGCGGCCUGGGAUGCCAAGGUGGUGACAAGUGCCUGGUGGGUGCACCACCAUCAGGUGUCCAAGACAGCCCCUACGGGGCAGUAUCUGACGCCCGGUGCCUUCAUGAUCCGGGGUAAGAAGAACUACCUACCACCCUCGUACCUCAUCAUGGGCUUUGGCUUCCUGUACAAGCUGGACGAAGACAGUGUUGAGCGGCAUAGCGGGGAACGGAGGGUGCGCACGGCCGAAGAAGAUGCCUCGGCCACCCCCGAAAAGCAGGAGGAAGAGCUUGAAAUCUCGGAAGGGUCUGGCUCCGAGGGCGAGGCCGAUGGAGCACCGGGAGAGGUGUUCCCGGACACUGUGGUGAAGUUGCCCCAUGAGCUUGUGCCCUCUGAGGAAGCAGAGGAAGUAGUCUACUCCCAGCAAAGCAAGAGCGCCGCUAGGGGGCCACAUUGGCCUCGUAAGGCAGCUCCGGCAGCACCCGUCGAAAAACCAUCGGACCCACAGCCGGCAUUGGAGACAAAGCCACGGGCAAAAAGGGGAACUCAUGGCAAGUUAAAAAAGAUGAGGGAGAAGUACAAAGACCAAGACGAAGAGGAACGUCGCUUGCGCAUGGAGAUCCUUGCAUCUGCCGGAACUGCGAAGGAGCCCAAGGGGCGCAAGCAGAAGAAGGGUGCUAAGAAGAAUGUUGGAGCGCGAGAAAAACCUCAGCCAGGAAAGCCGGGGGCUGGAAAGCCCCAUUUGGGGCAACCUCAACCGAAGCAGCCCCAGUUAGAGCAACCUCAGUUGGAAGAAGCUCAGUUAAUACAGCCCCAGUUGGAAGAAGCUGAGUCAGAGAAAUCAGAGAAAUCUCAGUCCGAGAAGCCUCAGUCAGAGAAACCUCAGUCAGAGGAACCUCAGUCAGAGAAUCCUCAGUCAGAAGAGGCUCAGCCAGACCGAUGCCUUUCGGAACGGCCUUCAUUGGAGCCUGUCAUGAACAAGGUGUGUGUAGAAGAUACUCAAGAACCCCACGGGGAUGAAGAGGAUGGAGAAGAGGAAGAGGAGGAAACAGCCCCUGGGGACGAGACCAGACAACUCCUGGCCACCCUCACGGGAUGCCCCGUCCCGGAGGACGGACUGCUGUUUGCAGUGCCUGUGUGCGCCCCCUACGGAGCCAUGCAGAACUUCAAGCACAAGGUGAAGGUGACUCCUGGUACUGGACGCAGGGGCAAGGCAGCCAAGACGGCACUCACAGUCUUCAUGCACGACAAGGCCACCAGCGCCCGGGAGCGAGACCUGCUAAGGGCUAGCAAGGACCAGGACAUUUCUCGAAACAUCCCGGGCAAGGUGAAGCUGUCUGCCCCUCACCUGCAGAAGCACAAGUGAAUCUGCGACUCAGCUGUGCGGCGGUACUGUUCGGCCGUACUGUCCGUUGCUCGUGUGUGUGGUUUGCGAAUGCGGUCUCGGAGAUGGAAACCAGUUUUCUUCAGAAGUUCAAAUCUUGGUGGUCGUUGCGCAUUCCUUCAAGUUAUAGGUGUCUUAAUAAAAGAGGCUGCCCUUUUA